AUGACUUGUAAUAACUUGACUGACGGAUGGAUACUAGGAAGACACAAGGCAGCACCGAGGCACCGGCCGGUGAUGGCUAGUCUCCCCAAGCCAGACCUUGAACAACGGAAGACAGUCGUUCCUUCUUUUUCAAGAGGUGAUGGCAGCGAGGGUUCCAUAUGGCUGCAUGAUAAACUGCCAUCUCGCCUUCCCGGGCAUCCCCAGCUCUAUUUGUACCCUGUUGUAUGGGCAUCAAAUCUUACCUCUAUGGAACAAUUGAUGGUGCAAGGGCUUCUCAAGCAAGAAGCUACACUGUUCAAAUGCAUGCGGCCAAAGCGGACCGCGUUUCUUGUGUGCGAACAGGAACUCUACGAUAAAGCGCACCAAAGCGGGACGACAGAUCCGCCAGAUAUGAUCGAAUCUGCCGCGUCUGCAGAACUGGCUGGCCCGUCUAAAGAUAGGGAUGUAAAAGAUUGGGCAACAUAUGCCAUGUUUGUAGGGAUGCCACUGCCCAUAACUGAUCGAGAUCGAAGCUACUGCUUCAAUCAAAACGGACACAGCGAGAAAGUUACCGCACCCGGCAUGUUGUCUGCUCCCUCCGUUGCAAUCGCAAGUUCCGGAGAUGACCGCGCCUAUGCGGACGCUCAGCUGGACCUCGAGCUGUUAGGACUCGUCGACGUUGCUGCAGCGGUGGACGCUGUCGUGGGUUUCGAAUGCUCUGGGGUUACUGUCGUCGGCACUUCCGGUGGCUGUGAAGUUAACCAGGAGCCACUUUGCUGUGCUCUGUGGGACAGUGUACCAUACGUUGAACAUCAUUCUUGUGUUGCUGCGUUCCUUGCUGCGCACUCAAUAUUUGCAAUGAAGUAUUCGGUACUACGUGCAGCAUGCUUAUCAACUUCACUUGCCGAGCAGCAGCUGUGGUGUAUUGUUGAAUUGGAAGAUCGUCACGAUCUUCCUGAAGACAUAGAACGUGGUCCCCGUGGCUGA